AAGAGGAUAAAAGUAACUUGGAAAUCGGCGAACGCUUGCCGAAGUGAAGAGGAGUAUUCUGCUUCACGGCGUCGAGCUCGGCGGCGGCGGCGCGGCAAUGGACGAGGCGGAGCAGCUCUGCGAGGCGGCGAGGAACGGCGACAUCGGAAGGCUCGAGUCCCUAAUCAGCGCCGGGGCCGACGUCUCUCACUUCGACGCCGACGGUCUCACCCCGCUGAUGCACGCGGCCAAGUCGGGCCGCGCCGACGCGGCGAAGGCGCUCCUCGAGGCCGGUGCGCCCUGGAACGCCCUCUCGCCUUCCAAUCUCUCCGCCGGCGACUUCGCCAUGGAGUCGGGUCAUCAGGAAGCCUUCGAGCUUCUCCUCAACGCCGGAAUUCAAGCGGAGCUGAUUCUGGGGACAAUUGCAAGGAAAAGUAAAGCCGGUGACUGUCAUGGGGAUUACUUGGAUGACAGGGUCAAUUUUAGUGAGGAUAAGCUGAUGGACACAAAUAGCAAAGCUGUCAUGAUGGCUUGGGAAAAGCCAUUGAUGGAGGCUCAUGCCAAAGCCAUUUGUUCACAGGGUGGUCACAUACUGAACAUCGGAUUUGGAAUGGGUCUUGUCGAUACAGCCAUUCGGCAAUAUGCUCCUGCUACACACACUAUAGUAGAGGCUCACCCUGAUGUUUUUAAACGAAUGCUUGACACUGGUUGGGGUGAUAAGGACAAUGUAAGGAUAAUAUUUGGUCGUUGGCAAGAUGUUCUUUGUCAACUUGGAUCUUAUGAUGGUAUAUUCUUCGACACGUAUGGAGAAUAUUAUGAAGAUAUGAGGGAGUUCCACCAGCAUCUUCCUGUUUUAUUGAAACCUGGGGGAAUCUACUCAUUUUUCAAUGGGCUUUGUGGAGAUAAUGCCUUCUUCCAUGUUGUUUAUUGCCAUUUAGUUUCUCUGGAAUUGGAGAAUCUGGGCUACUCCACGCAAUUAAUUCCCUUGCCUGUGAAGGCUUGUCUGGGAGAAGAAGUUUGGGAAGGUGUGAAACAGAAAUAUUGGCAGCUUGAUACGUAUUACCUCCCAGUUUGCCAAACUGUGCAAGACGAGGAAUGAUGUUGUUUACUCUUGACUUAAGCUCUGAAAGCACUGUCUUGAAGGCGCUUAAAAUAGCAUUUUAAGUUGGCUUUCACUAUCUGGAUAGGGUUGCAACUUUAUAAGCAAUUGGUGGAAAGGAUGGGUAUGUUCUACCAUCUAUCAAGUAUCUUUUGAGGUUUUCCAUUCAACCAGUGGUGUUCUUCAGGCUUCAUCUUCUUCAGUAGAGAUAUACAGCAGAAUAUCAUAUGUUAGACUCAGAAGAAAAACAUAGAAUAUUGAUAGUGAAGCCAUGUCCUACUCUUGAAGAGAUGGAUGUGGUACAUUCACAGUUGUUCAAUUCAGUAAAUCACUAUCUAUUGCAGUUCACUGAAGCUAGACUAGUGGACACUUUUGAGAUUCUUGUUGCAAUUAAAUUUCAAUCUCGGCGUUCAAAUGCUUAAGGGUGGAAUUUUAGAUCCUCUUUGGAUUAUUUUCUUUUUCUGUGGGAUGCUGAGUCCAAUGAGAACCUUCUCCUCUUCUUGAGA